AUUGGUUAAAAAUGGGAAAUGUGGAAGGAUCCCUGCCUAUGGACUGCACAGCGUUUGAUGCAGACGAAAUAAGAAGACUAGGAAAAAGGUUUAAAAAGUUGGACCUCGAUGGAUCUGGAAGCCUGUCAAUUGAAGAGUUCAUGUCUCUCCCAGAGCUCCAGCAGAAUCCCCUUGUCAGAAGAGUGAUAGAUAUAUUUGAUGAUGAUGGUAAUGGCGAAGUUGAUUUCAAGGAGUUUAUCCAGGGAUUAUCACACUUUAGCGCCAAGGGGGAUAUGGAGUCAAAACUCAAGUUCGCAUUCAGGAUCUAUGACAUGGACAACGACGGGUUUAUCUCUAAUGGAGAACUGUUCCAGGUGCUUAAGAUGAUGGUAGGAAGCAACCUAAAGGAUACACAGCUCCAGCAGAUCGUUGAUAAAACCAUUCUCUUCCAUGAUAAGGAUAAUGAUGGGAAGAUAAACUUUGAAGAGUUUUGCAAUGUUGUUGGAAACACGGAUAUUCACACAAAAAUGGUCGUCGAGGUUUAGACUGUCUUGGUUUCGAUGUUAAAUUUCGAAACUUGGCUUCGAAUCUAUAAUUUUAUUAAAUGUUCUGAGACAAAUUUAAAAACAAAUAACCCUUAUAUGAGCUUGGAUCCAUGUAUCAAUUUUAGUGUACACUGUCUUUAUAUAACCUUACACAGUUAAAUAUAGUUGCACUCCAUAUA